CGAGAAUGAGUGGGUCUGGAUCCUCGGCUUCAAGUGAUGGAAACUACGAACUGAAGAUAACAGAAACAUACGGUGGAGGUAAGGGACCAGUCCGUUGGAGUUUCACGGAGGAUUCGUGCAUUGCGAGGGUAGAUGUUCCAGGUUGUCCUGAUGUUCCUGUACCCAGCAACUUUCGAUUCGAAGAAACCUACGUUGGAUUUCAGAUGAAGGAAGUAGCCAUGGACCCGAACGUCCGCACAGUACGCGAAUACGUCGGCUGCGUCAGGUUUGACUCAACGAUUUACAAUGUGAUGGAAGCUAAAAUUAAGAUUGCCAAUGGCGUGUUCAGGGUCACUGCUCCUAAGAAGAUUAAUUAA